CUUGCGGGAAGGGACAUGGUUUGGUGGCCGAUUGGAGCGUCUUUCUUUGCCAGCAGUGAGGGCUCAGGCUUGUUUAUCGGCUUAGCGGGGACAGGAGCAGCUGGGGGCAUUGCUGUAGCUGGCUUUGAGUGGAAUGCAACCUAUGUGCUCCUGGCUCUGGCCUGGGUGUUUGUUCCCGUAUACAUCUCCUCUGGGGUAGUAACCAUGCCAGAGUAUCUAGGCCGGCGUUUUGGGGGAGAGAGAAUCCGCAUGUACUUGUCAGCUCUCAGUCUAAUGCUCUCUGUGUUUACAAAGAUAUCUACAGACCUGUAUUCUGGAGCUCUGUUUGUCCAAGUGUGUCUGGGCUGGAACCUUUAUGUCUCCACUAUACUUAUGCUAGUGGUCACUGCCCUCUACACCAUUGCAGGAGGGCUGGCUGCAGUGAUCUACACAGACACACUCCAAACCUUCAUCAUGAUCAUUGGUGCAAUCAUCCUCUCCAUCACGGCCUUCAAUAAGAUUGGUGGCUACACAAAUUUGGAGAGUGUGUAUAUGAAGGCAGUGCCAUCUAAAAUUAUCCCCAACACGACGUGUCACCUACCACGAGCUGAUGCCAUGCACAUGUUCAGAGACCCGGUACACGGAGACCUGCCCUGGCCAGGCAUGACCCUGGGCCUAACCAUCAUCGCUACCUGGUACUGGUGCACUGACCAGGUAAUAGUGCAGAGGUCUCUCUCAGCGAAGAGCCUGAGUCAUGCUAAAGGAGCCUCCAUUUUUGCCAGCUACUUGAAAUUACUCCCAAUGAUCUUCAUUAUUCUGCCUGGGAUGAUCAGCAGAGCACUCUACCCAGACUCGGUGGGCUGUGUUGAUCCUGAUGAGUGCGUCAAGGUGUGUGGAGCGGAAGUGGGCUGUUCCAACAUUGCUUUUCCCAAACUGGUCAUUGAACUUAUGCCAAGCGGCCUGCGUGGAUUAAUGAUAGCUGUGAUGAUGGCAGCGCUGAUGUCAUCACUGACCUCCAUAUUUAACAGCAGUAGCACACUUUUCACCAUGGACAUCUGGAAAAAAUACCGCCGAGGGGCCAGUGAGAAGGAACUGCUGCUGGUGGGCAGGAUUGUGACUGUGAUUCUGGUGGUGAUUAGCGUGGUUUGGAUUCCAAUCCUGCAGAGUGCCAACAGUGGUCAGCUCUACGUUUACAUCCAGUCUGUCACUAGCUACCUGGCUCCGCCCGUCACUGCCAUAUUCGUGCUAGCUGUGUUCUGGAAGAGAACCAACGAGGCGGGAGCAUUUUGGGGCCUGAUGGUUGGUUUAGCUGUUGGGGUGACACGGAUGGUUUUGGAGUUUGCCUUCCCUCCUCCUCGCUGUGGAGUGUACGACCCUGCUCCUGCCAUCCUCCGGAGUGUACACUACCUGCACUUCGCCAUUAUACUCUGUGCUCUCACUGCUGCCGUCGUCAUGGUGAUCAGCCUACUGACUCCGCCACCCACAGAGGAACAGUUGCGGAACCUGACGUGGUGGACUCUGACGAAUAACAGCGAGAGAGACAUACCACUGCAGAAAAUAUCAACACUGAGCCACAGAACUGAGGGCUGUGAGUCUGUGCGUAAGGGGAGAUGUAUUCGCACUGCUGGGUUUUGCAGUCCUCGUCCUGGCCGUGCUGCUGUAUCAAACCCUCAGGCCAUCCCCAGCACCAGGGAAGAUCCCUUCUGGUCCCGCUUCUGCUGUGUCAAUGCCAUCAUUCUCAUGUGUGUCAACAUCUUCCUCUAUGCCUAUUAUGCAUAA